AACUGGAAAAUCAUUGGGGAUCCGGACGGAGUCUGAGCUGCAACAGUGCGCACUGUUUUCCCACAUUCCGAACUGAUCGUUUCGCAAGUUCAUUCCUACAAAAAAUACCCGGAAAAGAAGUACAACAAUAACAACGACAAGAACAAGAUACGAAACGGAAAAUUUCCUCAACAUUUCAAGAUAAUUAAGGAAAACGCGCGAGAUGGUAGAGAAGUUUUUCUGUUACGAUUUGAGACUGGGCAUCUCCAUCUUCGGCGUCAUCAAUCUGGUGAUGUCAGGGAUCAUUGUUAUGGUUCAUCUAGCUCUCAGCAUGAUCGUUGAAGAUCCAGAUGUAGCAGCAACGCACACUUUCCUAACCGGAGGACAUCUCUUGAACUUCAUCAUGAACGGCUGCUUGUCCUACGGAGCCCACAAGGAAAAACGACUAUUUUUGCUACCCUAUCUCAUCGUGCAGUGCAUCGGUUUGGCCUUGAUUACGAUCCUGUGCGUUAUCCUCGUAUUCGGAAAUCCUAUUGCAAUUAUAAUCCUUAUCGCACUUUCUUUCUUCUGGUACAUCUGGGUAUGUGUGCUGAGCUUCUACCAGAUGCUCGACCCUCACAAUCCUCACUACGUACCUAGACGCGUGGACAAACCGGACACGAUUGUUUUCGUGGAGCCUCAACCACCAGCUUACUAUGAAAACAAGGAGGCCGACGCCGUCUAAGAUGUUUUGCUCUUUGUUCUCCUCGACUAAACGUUCCACUUAGUCGUUUAUCGUCCCUAAGGAUUUCAAUUAUUUUGCACGGUUCGUCGUGUCAAUGAUUUGUUUAUUUAUAUGCUGGCACAUACACUCAGACGGCGGUGUAGUCAUUCACACCAACCACUGAUAUGAUUAUACUAUAUUACAUUAUAAACACAAGUGCUUAGUUAUAAACCAUGUGAACUGUAUUAUACUAUCCCUAUUAGCAUUAUUACGAUUAUUAGUAUUAUUAUUAUUAUUAUUGUGUAGACGAAAGAAGGAAAGGAAGAAAGAAGAAUAUAAAUUUAGUUCUAAACAUGCGGCACGUCUAGACUUGUAAUAAUCAUCGUCGACGGCGUCAUCAUCAACAUCUGGUAUCCUGACCUGCCCUGACCAGCUGAAUCUCGGAUACAUUA